AUGGACGAAGACAAGAAACUUAGAGAGAAAUCGGUGUUCGAGAUAGACCGAGAGAAGCGGCAAAUGUUUAGAGAGAAAUUAAAACAGCUCGCAGAAUGUGACGAGGUCGUUUCCUCAGAGACGAUAAACGCUAUUGGUCGAGUGACGGAUGUCGUUCGAGCCGCUGACGAUAAUGCUCCCAGUAGCGACGAACUCGACGAGGAGCUCGAAGAGCAGUAUAAAGAUCUGAAUCUUUACCUCGAUUUACCGAAUGACACGUACUCUUUGACAGAAAUUAGACCAGAACUUCCAUCGUGCGUCAGAUAUGGCGUUCGAGCAGGAUUGACUCAUAUCAAUAUGCCAAAAUUUUCACCGUUAUCCAGGGGUCAUCAGGGAGGAGCAACAGCGAUCGCAGCAUUCGCAGCCACAACGAUCUACAAAUCCCGUUGCUGGAACGAAGCUGUCAUCGAUCAAAUAAUCGAGGAUGGGGACACGUUUUACUGUGAAUCGUACAAAGACGUUAACACCGACGAUCGACGACUCCUCUCGAUCCUCGACUUAACGAGGACACUCGUCGUACAAAACAGGCUGACGGUGAACGUCAGCAUCGAGGAUGCCGCUUACGCGGGCAAAUUUCGCUCCACAGAGCCCACAGAGUUGCAUCUAGUGAAGGCUCUAGACUUAUUUUUCAAACGUUACAACGCUGGAAUUCUGUCUUCCUCCGUGUUGAACGUGGCGAUUUGGAAGGACGCGAAGUACUACAACGUAUUCGACGGCCAAGCGAGAAAGGAGAAUUGCGAACCAGCUCCCGAUGGAGUCAGUGGAACGGCCAAACUGUUCCUCGUCAAGGAUUUGAUAGGACUCCUCUUCAUUGUCCUAGAAAAAAGCAACGUGCAAAACGAGCCCUUCGUUCUCUACGCUAUAGCAAUCAGCGGCGUGGAUCAUUAUACUCAGCCAGUCGACACUGACAAGCAGGAAACGAUUCACCAACUCCCUCAGAGACGACCGAGUGGUUACAAAGUGCAAGAGAAGUAUCGAGCAGUUGUUCAAGGCUCUUAUCACGUCACACACCCGGCGAUUCCAGCACCUCUUCGUGGCAAAACCUACAUGAUCAUAGCUCUGGCUGCUCUAGUCUACUCGCGCUUGGUAAACGCGAAUAAAUGGACCAGCGCUCUGGUCGACCUGAUUUUCAAUCAAUCGAACAUCUACUUCGUCGAUCUGGUUCGCGUGCUCGAUAAAAAUUUGACCGACGAGGAAUUCGUUCUUCGUCUGGACGAUAUCAUGGGCGAUAUCAUUCUUGGCGCUUAUUCCGCCAAGGUGAAGAUUCGAACGAACGUCGUUCCUGGAUACGGUCAGAAGAAGGGGAAACUUGACAUCUCCGAUGGAAUACGCGAGUUCUUCCUGUCCCAGGUAACCGGUUUGCUCGAGAUGAAGAGUUUCUUCUACGCGAUUUGGAAGCACGACGAUACUUACUACUUCAUGGACCCUUUCGCCUGCGACGACGAAGGGUUCAGGAGUGGAAUGGCCGAGUUGGACGGCUACUUGAAGCCUGGAGAGUCAGCGUGCGUGACGAUGAACAGUUCGAUCAAUCAGAUGGUGGAGACCAUCAUGGAGAACACUGGUAGCAGAGACAGAGAUCCUUUCACGAUCCACGGAAUCAGGGUGCUGUACGUGAAGACAGGAACCACGCCUGGUGGACCGUUGGAGAAGGUGAUCUAUCGAGAAAAGGGUACGAAUCGUAGGCCACAGGCUCCGCCAACUGCGUUACCAACGUAUACGACGAAGAUGGACGACGCUGUGGAUAUGAAACCGAGGAUACGAGCUGAUAGGGAUAAAAUGAGAGACGUCGCAGUCCAGGUGCCUGAUUUGAUAAGGAACGCCGAGUUGUACAUGAUGACAGACGACGAACCGUUGACUUACGUGAUCGUGCCGCCGGAAGAGAAGAAGGAGCCUGAAGAGGAAAUUGGCGAAGAAGAAGAGGAGGAAGAGGAAGGGGAUAUGGAGAGGUGGAGAGCCGAGGCUGGAGAUUUGACGGAGGACGAGGACGAGGACGAGAGGACCGAGGUAACCGAGGAGAAAGAAGCUGUCGAGGAGCCAAUCGUGAGGAAGGUCAAGGGCUACAGAGUGAUAAAUCCUCAACGUUUGGUUCUUCAGGGCUCGAAGAACUGUCUGGAUCCGAGUUUCGCCCCAAAGUCCAGAGGCAAGCAAGGAUUAAUAGCAGCUCUAUCAGCUCUGGCUUACAGGAAACUAAAGGAACCCACGAAGUGGCGAAAUAUGGAUAUCGAUCAGCUGGUUGACGUGAGCAACAAAAUUUACGACGAUGUUGUAGAUUGGAUCAGGAAAGGACGUCCUGAGAUAAAGGAGAUUAAAGAUGAAAUGAUGGGCGAGGGAGAGGAGGAGGAGGAGGAGGAUCUGGAGGCUGAGGGAGAAGGAGAAGAGGGAGAGAAAUUGCUUCCUAUACCGAGUCACUUGGACUUGACGAUGUUACCGGUCAGAUUAAAAAUGGGGGAAAAUGACGUGUUCUUCAAGGCGAAGAUGAAGAUCGUUCAAGGAGAAGCGAGUCCUUUGGCGAAUCUCGCCGAAGCUCUCGAAUGUUAUUUCAAUCGAUAUCCAGAAUUGGUGUUGGAGAAUAAGAGACUGAUGUACGGUGUCUGGAAAGAGGGUUCCUCUUUCUUCAUGUUCAAUCCUUACGGAAGUGACGCCGAGGGUUGGCGUCUUCGCGACUAUCCCGCUUCGUUCGCGGUGGCAGCUAAUCUGAACGAACUGACCGAUCUUCUUUACGGUGUCAUGGAGUUCAACGAUCCAUCUUUCGUCAUUCACUUCGUGGGCUUGGACUCGAUACAGCCAGGACUGUACGCCGUGGACGAGGAGAUAAUAGUUCCGGAGGACGAUACGAUCGAACAGUUUAAAACGAGAUUCCUGCCGAUCACGGACGAGGAUCUGGCCAAGUUGGACGCUGAAUUGAGGGCAGCGGAGGAGGACGAAGAGGAGUCGGAAUUGGAUAUAGUCGAUAUGAUGGACGAAGAGGAGGAGGAGGAAGAGGAAGAGGAGGACGAAGGACGUAAGAGAACUGCGAAAGGUUUUCUCGAGGAGGAAGAGAAACCUAUAAUCGAUCCUUUGCUAGAAGUUAACGAACAGGAACAACCUGACGCUCCUUACAGGUUAAAUUUAAUCCUACUCACGUCCAAUAUGAAGGUUCUCGACGACAGCGAGGAACACAUCGACGAGGUGCACGAACAGAUAGAAUUAGAGAAAUUAAAGUACAAUCAUCCUCCACCUUACGUUAUGCCAUCCGGUAAAACCUUGUUGAAGCUCCUCGAAGCGAAACGAGCCAAGAGAUCCAUCCCGUCCUUGGUAUCGAGGUUCUCCAUAGACUCGAGAUUGGACGUGAAAAAGAAGGGUGGCUUGUCCUCGAUCUUUCUGGCCAGAUCGACGAUGGUCAUGCCGUCUGGCAUUAUAGAGGACGCGAAACCUUCGAAGAUGAUCAAACUGUCUCCGAAGAGAUAUCUGUAUUCCAGACUUUUGCCGAUCUGUCUGAUGCCUCUGAGAGCUAUCAACGAUAUAUACAUUCAGGACGAGGAUCUCGACAGAGCGAUGAAAGACGAGGAAGAAAAAAGGCGGGAAGAAGAGAAGAGAAGGGCUGAAGAGUUUGUUCGUACGAAUGUACCGGAAGUGCCUAUUGGAAUUCGUAUACGACCCAGUUUGAUACCGCUGGGUCCGAUCAUAAAAACGCCGACUUCGGAUAGGAGAAUUGUGACUUGCGUCGAGAAGAAGAAGAGAAAGUGUUUGUUGGCGAAGGGCGACGAGGGAGACGCUGUUAUGGAGAAGAUUCUUUGUAACACCGAGGAUUUACUGUUGGAAUUAUUUUUCCCUAAUUUUAAGGCGAAAGAUCAGGUUUGUAUUUUGGAGUACAAAAGCUCGGAUUCUAAGUCGAGGAGUUUGAAACAAGGAUCGAUAGACUCUGAAACGACGACGAUUAAGAAGAGUACGAGUGGUCAGAAGAAGAAACCGUUCCAGGAUACUUUUGGUUUGAAACUUACCGAGGAUCGAAUUAGAACGCUCCAAGGUAACAUGUGUCUCGAGAAUCGAGCCAAAACCGAAGAGUGUCAUUUCAAAUCCUGCUUCUUCUCCGCUCUACUCUGCAUUCUGGCGAAGAUCAAGCUGGAUCCAGAUCGUUUCUCCGCAAAGAUGCUGGACGAAUUGAUUUUUCUCGGCGAUAAGAUCUAUCAGAAAACAGGAAAACUCAGAUUCAAGCCGUACCGAUGGUUCCAUCACGUCGAGAUCCUCGACACUCUUUACAACGUGAUCACGAAACAAGCAGUUUACGCCGAUCCAGAGAACUGCGAGGACGACGAGCUCGAAUUCGUCAUGGAGAAUUUCUUCGAGAAAGACAAGACUGGAAUUAUCGUGUUCAACAACGGUUCCUACGCAGUCUGGACCGCGAAUGAUCGAUACUACUUGUUCGAUCCUUACGCCUGCGACGACAAGGUAAACGCGGUGGAAGAGGGUUACUCCUGUUUCGUGGAAUUUUGCGAUCUGAACUCGAUGAUCGAUAAAAUCGAGGCUAACGUUGGGGAGAGCACGAAGAAACCUUAUCGAAUCUACACAGUGGCUAUAGCUCACAUGGAGACGAGGAAACGCAAGAAGAAACGAAAGAGAAAACCUGUUCGAUGCGUGGAGAAACAAGAGGAAGAGAUCCGAGUGGAAGAACCACCGGAAGUGGAACUGUCCACCGUGUCAGAGGUUUCCUUGAUCGAACUGGUCGAUUGGGUGAAGAACGAGUCGACGACUAGCCUGGUGUACGACAUGACGAUCCCUGGUUUCGCUCCUAUCGAACACUACAACGCUUCCAUGUUCGACGUGAUCGUUCUGGAGAACGAAAUCACCAUUCCGGUGUUGGCACAGUUCAAGAAAUCCUCGUUGAGAGAGGCAGCAGCAGUCACAGACGAGUUCGAGGCGGUGAAACUGUUGGUCAGGAGGAAAGUGUACGACAGAAGGUUCAAGAUUCACACAGCAGUCACAACACCGUUGGAUCUUUGCGUAAUGGCCUGGUCGUUGAUCCACGAUCCGAUCACCUGGUCUGUUAGAACUGUGAGAGGAUUGUUCGACGCCUGUGUCGAUUACACGUUCGACAGCGUAUUAGCCACAGAAGACUCAACUGUUGGCGAUAUGACCGAUGGCUUGUUGCACGAAUUCGAGAUAGCUAAUUACACUUUUCGAGUAGUCUUCGUACCUCUGCAUUAUGGAACUCUUUACAGCACCGAAGGCUGGAAUCUCUCCAUGUCCUUGCAGAAAGUGUUCGAUACACCCAGUUACACCGGCGCGAUCGUAGUUUGCGGUGAUUCUCACAUUGGUGUAUUAAAGAAGGACGAGAAUUAUUUCACCUGGUGGACAAUUCGAAGAACGAAGAACGUCAGGAUCGUCACUUCUACGGAUAUGAAGGAGUUUCUGAAGCUUCUUAUCAGAGAAAUUGAUCAGCCCGAGGAAGCAAUUUUUAUGAUGAGAGUGAUCACAGUGUCGUACGCUCAGAAAAUGGAUCCCGAUUGCAGCGAUAGACAAGGUCUUCACGAGCCUGUCGUUCCAGCCACUUCGUUGCCAGAAAUUCAUAGAAUGCCGGCAGAACCGUACGAUCUGGAAGCAAUCUUCAGACCUACUGUACCGGAGUCUAAUAAACCGAUCUUUGUACUUGGAACGGUUGCUCUGAGCAACAGAGACACUGUCACCGAACCGAAAGUGAAAAGAUGUUACUUCGUGGCUGUGUUGGCAGUUAUGGUGAAGAGGGAUAUCAUUCAGAGCCCGAUGCCAGGAAUGAUAGACAAGAUCGUCGAGGUUGCCGAGGCGGUUUACAGGGAAUUUUCCGAGCCGAAAUUUCACACAGAACAUAUCCUGCGUAACGUCACAGUGAUGAACAGAAUCUUCGAUUUUCGCGACUGUGCUUCCCCUUUGGUGACGCUCACUUACAAUCCUCGGACUCAGAGGACCGAUUUUUAUGUCCAGGUAAGAAAGCACAUGAGAAGGUUCUUUAAAACGUACGCGAGCGGUAUUUUGCAUUUCACCAACUGUUGCUACGGUUUCUGGUAUUCGAGGCUAACGAACGCCUACUACUACUUGGAUCCCUAUCAAUGCAACGAGAGAGGACGAAAAGUGUCGAACGGUGGCAAAGCUUGCCUGUGUAUUUUCCCCACGGUGUGCCUAAUGGUGAAGCACAUGUGCUUCAAUCAAUUCGAGGAGACCACAGGUUUCUUCAUUCAUCGACUCCACGUGGACACGGUCAACGUGCCUCCAUUCAAGACCUUCAAAGAAGACCCCAUGUGGUUGUACCUCGAUUAUCAUUGGAACUUCAGACACGCGCCGGAUAUCGUGAAAUCCGGCACGAAGAAGAAGAAGCAAGAAGAACCGAAGGAGGAGCACGUGAAGCAGUUCUGGAACAAUUACGCCGUCGAAGUGUCCAAUCUAAUUUACUCGGUAUGGGGCACUAUCGGCUCUCACGAUUCUAGAUUCGGCGAUCGAGCUGGAAAGAAUCAAGCUGCCAUUUGCGUGGCUGUCCUUGCAAUGCAGUACCUCAGUCAUCCUUCGAGAUGGGGUCCAGCGAUCUUGGAUUCAGCAGUGAUCUGCGGAGACUCUUACUACACGGAGAGUCUACGAAGCUCCGUGCAAAAAUGCGCCAAGCACUUCAACAACUUCAACUUGCAACCGUGCUUCAAGAUCUUCCCUCAUCUAUGGACCAUUGAUUUCAAAGAAAGCAUCUGUGGAAUUCUAUACGGCACGCGAAACCGAAUGACUCUAGCAGUUGCGCUGCAGAAAUCCUUCGAAGAAUCACCGAACGUUCUCAUAGAGUGUAACCGAAUCACCUUGGCAGCUCUAGCUGCGAAAGACGGUUACUACGUGGCUGAUCCUUGCUGGGUUGGUCCACCGUUGUUCGACAGAGAUCACGGCGCGAUCUACGUGCUUCGUUGCAGAAACAUGAACUCCCUGAUCUACGCUGUGAUCAAAAUGCUGAACACCAAUCAGAGGCUCGAUUUCCGACUGACACCGGUCACGUUCACGUUCGAACAGGAAGAUUUCAGCUUCGCGGAGGGAGGCACUCGCGAGAGGAAGAAGAAGGUCCUUCUGGAGCCUGUGAGAACCACUCCGGGGAAAGUCGACGAGCCUAACGUGCUCAUACCGGGUGCGCAUACCGCUCCAGACGAAGAUUCUUAUCUCACUUACCAUAAGAACCUCGGCACGGGUAUACUGAAAGGUUACGAGCUGGAGAAUCCUCAGCUGCCUUCCUACGAGCCGAUGUUGAACCCGGACAACAUGACCAGCACGUUUAUCAGCACCACGUGGCACAUAAAUCUAGGCCAGGCUGAACCUCUGGAGAAAACUACGCCUGUCUUCGACCCUAGGCUCACCAGACACGUGCCGGAAGAGUGCGAGAAACGUGUGAUCGACUCGUUCGAUCCACGUCGAGCGGUGCAAACGUCGAUCACGGAGUUCCUGGCGGCUUGUGACGAUUAUCCAAGAGUCGUAGACUUCACCAGCGAGCAUUACGCGACGGAAAGACCGCUCGAUUGUGCGGCUGCUAGAAGCUUCCUCACCGAUACAGCGCGACGAGAAUUCCGUGCUCAUACUGCCGACAUGGCUCACGACGUUUACAAGACUUACAAGCAUCGCCUGCCAAAAGUGGCCAAGCCGAAAGCGGAGGAUGAGACGUCUGGAAUGGCGGGUAUUCAUACUAUCAGCGAGGAGGACGUGGAAAUGAGGGACGGCUCUCCUGAGACGGAGGGAGAGACGGAGGGAGAGAUGGAGGGCACGGAAGAUGAAACGGUGACGGAAACGGAAGCCACCGAGGAGGCUACUGACGCUGCUGAGGACGAGGAUUAA